UUACAACUGGUAUUGUUGUUUCAGAACUCCACUAUAGUUCAUAUUUACGAGAUUGGUGGGUCUUUUCAGAUGAAGAAAAUCAAUCUUAUCCUAUUCCUAUUCGUUUAGGACUAGAAAUUAUAAUACAACUAAACAAAACACCUUUUAUUCUUCAUGUAGUUUGUAAUAUACAUAGUCUGUUACAACCUGAAUAUAUUUGUGAAAAUAGUGAGCAAAGUAGCGGUAUUAUUACAAGUGCUUUUAUG